UCCGGAAGCCACGCGCCAAAAGCAUCUACGGGCAUCGGCCACCGCCCACAGUGAUCUAGGACCUACUGCAGACAAAGACAGCACGUACGCUCCAGGAAGGCGCUGUGUCCCAGAUACUUCCUUGCGAGGUCCAUUUCACGCUUCCAGGAGAGAACGGCUUCCUGCAAUGGGCGCAUCACGCGCGAAAGCCGGCAACAUUUCUCACGUCAGAACCGUCCAGAAAGGUACCGACACCCCAGCGACGCCCAACCGAGGCUCGAAGCCACGAAAGCGUCAAGUCGUGCGAAAGAAGUCGUUCACACGAGGGGAGGGAGAGGAAGAAGAAUCGCUUGUGAAAGUAGCAAAGAAGAUGGUGAAAACACUCCACUUCAACGAGUUACUCCCGUGGCAGCAGGACGACUACUACAUUCACACAGGCUACCGGCCACUCCAAGAUUCCUACAUCGGCUGCAUCCGCACGCUCUCCUACAUCCAUAACGAGACCGGCAACAUCUUCUCCCACAAACUCGGUGCGUUGCUGUUCGCUGCCGCCUUCUACUUCACCUUCACAUACAAUAUUCUUGGGGAGACGGUGAAAGUCGCUCGGUGGGGCGAUUAUGCGGCGUUUGGCGUGUUCCUACUGUCGGCCGUGGUGUGUUUCAGUCUGUCGGCCUGGUUUCAUACGGUGAUUUGCCAUAGUCAGAGAGUGUGCAUAUUGUUCAACAAGAUUGAUUAUUUCGGGAUUGUGGUGUUGAUCUGUGGAUCAACGUACCCAAGCCUCUACUGGGGGUUCUCCUGCCACCCCCACUUUCGAGUAGUCUACUGCACAAUGACGACGAUCUUUGGUGGCAUGACAAUGUACACGUCGCUGGCAUCCCGGUUCAGCACGCCAAAUCAUCGCGAUAUUCGGACCGCGAGCUUUGUCGGUCUCGGGCUGUCCGGGCUGAUUCCCUUGUUACACGGAUUCUAUUUGCAUGGGAUAGCGACAUCAAUCGAAGCCGUUUCAUUCUGGCAUCUGAUGGGAAUGGCAGCAUUCUAUAUCGUCGGGGCUAUAGUGUACACGCUUCGAGUACCCGAACGGAUAUUUCCGGGUCGUUUUGACAUUUGGGGCCACUCACACCAAAUCUUCCACGUCCUUGUUCUCGGAGGGGCGAUCACGCACUAUCUGGGACUGGUCAAAUCGUGUCGAUAUUGGCGCGAGGGGACACCCCCUUGCCAGCUUUGAUGACAGCCGGAGAAACGGCUGCCGCACACAGGCAUGCGGCAAAGGCAGCGGUCGGGCAGGCAGGCAGGCAGGAACCUGAUGUGCCAACUCAUACCAUACUUUUGGACUGGUACCUCUAUUAGUGAACAUGACUAGACUUGAGCUGGUCUUUCGUAGUAUUAUGCAUGACUAUAAUUGAAUCACGCUACACCCUGCGGUAGUUCUACUUCUAAGUUCUAACACAACCGUAACCUAUGCAUGAAUCGAACGCGCUCGCACUCCAUCACCUACUCCUCCUCCCCAUCCUCUCCCUCCUCCCACUCCUCCACCCCCGUCACAACCCUCCCCAACCUC